AAAAAAAAACGCACAAAAAGAAAAACAAAAAGAGAGAGAGAGAGAAAGAAAUCGAGUUUAACUGCUCGUGUCUCUCUGUGCCACUCAUCUUCAGUUUUGUAAGCGUCUUCAUAACUUAUAAAGUUGUAUCGAUCUCUCUUCUUCUUUCUUUGGUCACUCUCUGCGUCUUUCUUUCUUUCUUUGUUAAUAAUAAUCCCAAAAGAAAGAUAAACAAAAAAGAAAAGAAAAAAACACAACUUUCUUGAAACCGUGUUUGUUUCGUGUAAUUUUCAUAGUUGUUACAGAUUCUCUCCUUUUGGGUUCUUUUUGUAAUCAUCAUUUCAUUGACUGAUUCUGUUUUUUUUUUUUUUUUUGUAAUUCCUUAUUACAAAGGUUUUUUUUUGUUUCUUUGUUUUGUUUAGCUUUAUUAUCCAUUUCCAUCAGAACCAGAGUUGUUCGUUGUUGCUCUGUAAUAACAACAACUCGAGUCAAUUCUUAUACUUAAGGAAAAAAAAAGUUUCAAUUUUUGGUCUCAUCUCAGUCGAAAAUUGCUCAAAAUAGUUAUCGAUUUCUAGGGCUCUGACUGGUUUUGAUUAAAGGAAUCAAUUCAGGGGAGAUUUCGAGUUCUGUUGUUGUUACAAAAAUGGCGGAAAGGGUCGAAGCAUCUGUAACAGAAGGAGAAAAUACUAUUGAAGAAAGAGAAGUAGGAGCUAUGUGGGAAUUAGAGCAGAAACUUGAUCAACCCAUGGAUGAAGAAGCUAAUAAGCUUAACAACAUGUAUAGUAGAGAAAAGGGCUUAUCAAUGUUGAUGCUUCUAAGGCUGUCUUUUCAAAGUCUAGGGAUAGUUUAUGGAGAUUUAGGGACUUCUCCAUUGUAUGUGUUCUACAAUACAUUCCCUGAUGGAAUUGAUGAUAGUGAAGAUGUAAUCGGAGCUCUUUCUUUGAUCAUUUACUCUCUUUUGCUUAUACCUCUUAUCAAGUAUGUGUUCAUUGUCUGCAAAGCUAAUGAUAAUGGUCAAGGUGGGACUUUAGCGAUAUACUCGUUGCUUUGUAGACAUGCUAAAGUGAAACUAAUCCCGAAUCAGCACCGCAGUGAUGAGGAUCUCACGACUUAUAGUCGAACAGUAUCCGCUGAAGGGUCUUUUGCUGCUAAAACCAAGAAGUGGUUGGAGGGUAAAGAUUGGAGGAAGAGAGCUCUUCUGGUCAUUGUUCUUCUCGGGACUUGUAUGAUGAUCGGUGAUGGUAUCUUAACUCCAGCCAUCUCCGUUCUUUCGGCAACUGGUGGGAUCAAAGUCAUCAAACCAAAUAUGAGCGGCGAUAUCGUUGUGCUCGUGUCUAUUGUCAUUUUAGUGGGAUUGUUCAGUAUGCAACACUACGGUACAGACAAAGUCGGAUGGCUCUUUGCGCCUAUCGUGCUUAUUUGGUUCCUCUUCAUUGGAGCCACUGGGUUAUACAACAUCUGCAAACAUGACACAAGCGUUUUAAGAGCGUUUUCGCCCACAUAUAUAUACUUGUACUUCAAAAGACGAGGUCUUGAUGGUUGGAUAUCGCUUGGUGGCAUUCUUCUCAGCAUAACAGGCACGGAGGCACUCUACGCAGACAUUGCUUAUUUCCCGUUACUAGCGAUACAGCUCGCCUUUACGUUUUUUGUGUUCCCUUGUCUUCUUCUAGCAUACUGCGGACAAGCUGCGUAUCUUGUAAAUCAUAAGGAACAUUAUCAAGACGCGUUCUAUGCAUCUAUCCCGAAUAGUGUGUAUUGGCCAAUGUUUGUAGUCGCGACAGGAGCUGCAAUCGUCGGGAGCCAAGCUACGAUCUCCGGGACUUAUUCGAUAAUCAAGCAGGCCGUAGCUCAUGGGUGUUUUCCUCGAGUUAAAAUUGUUCAUACUUCCAAGAAGUUCCUUGGUCAGAUCUAUUGCCCUGAUAUUAAUUGGAUACUCAUGCUCGGCUGCAUUGCGGUUACUGCUAGUUUCAAGAAUCAGAGCCAAAUCGGAAAUGCAUAUGGGACCGCGGUUGUUCUCGUGAUGCUUGUGACCACAUUGCUAAUGGUGUUGAUCAUGCUGCUCGUGUGGCAUUGCCACUGGAUCCUUGUCCUUAUAUUCACCGUUCUCUCCCUCUUUGUGGAAUUAUCGUACUUCUCAGCCGUGAUCUUUAAGAUCGAUCAAGGAGGAUGGGUUCCGCUCAUCAUAGCAGCGAUAUCUCUUCUCGUAAUGUCAGUAUGGCAUUAUGCAACUGUCAAGAAAUAUGAGUUUGAAAUGCACAGCAAAGUGUCCAUGAGCUGGAUACUAGGCCUCGGUCCCAGCCUCGGGCUUGUCCGUGUCCCUGGGGUCGGGUUAGUCUACACGGAAUUAGCAAGUGGUGUCCCUCACAUUUUCUCUCAUUUCAUCACCAACCUCCCCGCAAUUCAUUCGGUUGUAGUCUUUGUCUGCGUCAAGUACCUUCCGGUUUACACCGUCCCUGAAGAAGAGAGGUUUCUUGUGAAGAGAAUCGGACCAAAAACAUUCCGAAUGUUCCGCUGCGUAGCCAGAUAUGGUUACAAAGAUUUACACAAGAAAGACGAUGAUUUCGAGAACAAACUGCUGACUAACCUCUUCUCAUUCAUUCGAAUCGAAACUAUGAUGGAGCCAGCUUCAAACUCAAGCAUCUACAGCAGCACGUAUUCCGUUAACCAUACACAAGAUUCCACCGUAGACUUGAUCCACAACAACAACCACAAUAGCAACAACAACAACAUGGAUAUGUUCUCAUCGAUGGUGGACUACACGGUAUCAACUUUAGACACGAUAGUCCCUGCUGGUUCACCGCAAAACGGGGUGAGUUUCAGUCAGGACAACACGAUAGAGGAGGAGGCAGAUGAGUUGGAGUUUCUAAAGACUUGCAAAGAGUCAGGGGUUGUUCAUAUUAUGGGAAACACUGUGGUGAAAGCAAGAAAUGGAUCAUGGCUUCCAAAAAAGAUUGCUAUUGAUUAUGUUUAUGCAUUUCUUGCUAAGGUUUGUAGGGAGAAUAGUGUUAUCUUGCAUGUUCCUCAUGAAACCCUUUUAAACGUUGGACAAGUCUUUUAUGUUUAGUUUCUUUUUUUUUUUUGUAAAACAAUUACAGAUAAAGGGGAAUAAAGGGAUACCAGAUUUAAGAUUAUACCA